GCAUGUGAAAACACUAUCGUCGAUUUUUGGGGAAGAACGUACGAGAAUUAUUUCAAAGAUUCAUAAACUUCAGUGCUACCUCAUUCAUAUUUUGAAGACUGAGCUUAAAGUUUGGGACUUGAAGGAAAAAAGUAUUAUUUAUUCUCUAUCAUUGAUUGAACAUUUCAAUGAGUGUCUGUUGAGGGAUUUAGAAAAUGUGAAAAAUACUGAGGACUAUGAUAAUUUAGACAUGGUAGUUGUCUUUACCUUGGUGAUAAAUUUCUGUAACAAUAUAAAACCUCCAGGGAAAGGAUGGGGUUAUAAACCUACAGAUGAUGAUGACUCUCUUGAGGCUGACAUAGAAAGGAUCCGUAUCUUGUGGAAUAUGUAUUGCGAUGAUCAAGUUGAUGUUCCUUACCUUCAGGGUGUGUAUGGACGGAUGAGUGAUAGAUUUGGAGCACUCUCUAAAAGAGAUUUUACUAGUUCCAACAAUGCUGAUUAUAAUGCACUGGAAUCGAAAAUUAAAAUCGUUCGUUUGAAGAGAAACUGUGACGUUGAAGAUACAGUUGUUGUGACAAAGAACAUUAAGUCAGCUCUGGUACUAUUAGAAUCUUCAGACAUUGUUAUUUGUGUGGGUGCCAUUGGAUCUGGUAAAACAACUGCCAUGAGGUACAUACAAGAUAAAUACAAGGACAGAGGAUGGAGGAAUGUUUGGUUUGAGGAAUAUCUUAAUGAAAAUAAACUGAUGGAAAAUGAAAUCAUCAACGUUUUCCUUUGUUGUGACAAUUUGUUUGGGACAUUUAACUGCAAUGUAUUUUCGCUCGAAACUAUUACAGGAUUUGAACACGUUAUUAAAAAACAGAGAGAAAGAUGUAAAGGUCAUUUAAAAGUUUUAUUAGGAAUACAUCAACAUGUAUACGAUGAAGUUUUAAAAUUAGGUAGAGUACAGAUUUUUGACACCAAAAAUUUGAUUGAUGUCGAUCAUCUCGAUAAAGCAGAAAUGUUAUUAAUUUGGAAAGAGUUGAAAAAAGAAGGUCACUGCGUACGUGAUAUAAGUUGUUGGUUUAACGACAUAAAGUUUUCUUCUGUAUUCUCAAAACUCUCUCACAAUCAUGGACUUGUUGGUAACCCAAUCUUAAUAUCGAUGUAUUGUCAGCAUCAUGACUUCUUCUCCAAUGAGGAAUUCACCAAAGCAUCGGUGACAGCGUUAGUUAAUCAUUUUAAAAGAAUGCACGAGGUAAAUCAUGGACUUUUCAAUGUUCUUACUUAUAUAAUGUUUGUAAGAGUUUACAAGAAAAACGAAGGCUUGAUGCCAUGGUCAGGAAUGCUUUCAGCAGAGUUAACUGAGGAUAGUAUAAAACGUUGUGUGGAAAUGUAUCCCGAGUAUCUGAUUGAAAAAAAAUGUACCGUAGAACUCAGACAUGAACUUCUAAAUAUAUCACUUUUUAAAGCUUCAUAUGAUACAUGGACGGUGUUUACUUCACUUGUUCACCAUUGUGAUAUAUCAACUAUUCUCCAGUUAACAAGACCCAAGGAAGAAUGUGAUUGUGAUUUUGUUAACUGUUUACCACCGUCACACACAGACAAAAAAAUCGAAGCAAAAUUAUUAGAAAGGAUUGCAAAUGCUAAGGGAUGUCCGUUUGAUAGUCCACAUUUUCCUUCUAUAAAGUGGAAAACUCUAAAAAGAAAUCAGAAAUUAAAAUAA